UUUCCAACUAGUUUUACAGCAGUGUUGCAAAACGAGUUGCACAUAUUUGUUGCUCUUUUUACUGCAACUUCAGGGAGACUAUUUUUCUGUUAUUUCUUUAUGAGGAACGUUACUGCUGUGUUUUAUGUCUUCGCUUUUACAAACGUUGAAUGGAAGUCCUACGCUAAAACAAGCAGGGAAAAAGAGAGAAUUUCAGCCCUAUGACAUGCUGUUAAUAAUCACUGUUUUUACUUUUUGUUCUUGUGGUAAUAAUUUUCUUUUAGGUGUGUUGUGUAAUUCUUUACAAAUAUUUUGCUCAGUCCUAUUGUUUAACACCACUAACCUGAGCAUGACUUAUAAC